UACUGAAAUCAUAAAUGAUUUGCUGACAAGCUGAGCUUGCAAUGCAGGCAAUAAAAACGGUGGAAAAAGAAGUGACUUUUAUAAAGGAAACACUUUUCACCGAAUCCUUCCUAAAGCAACAAGAGUGCAGCAGAACCCCGGCGAGGAGGCAGCUCCAAGAGCAGCAGCCAUUGGAAGGAGCUGUCUGCAGCUCUCAGUGCUGUACUGAGCAUGUCCCAGCGGAGCCCAGUGCAAGCAGCACAUUAUGCAAAAAGGCAGCUCCAGCAGAUGGGAGAGAGGCACAGCGAGCGUUUGCUUCACUUGCAUCACCGCCGCCUGCAAACAAACCUGGAUCGCUAGAGGGGAUCUCGCCAGCAGGCCAAAGGAAUGAAAUCCGGGAGGAUGGCUUGAUUGCCAAAGGUGUUGCACUGCAAAAAAUCAUGGGGAAUCAAGAUGGGAAGCUAAAGAAAAAUACAGGUGAUGUGCAAGAAGGAGGGGAAGAUGCCUCUGGGCCCAAGGAUACGGACGGCACAAAGAAGGUAUCGGGAGGCAGAAGGGGACUGGGGAAGCAUGCAAAAGGAAGCGAAUCGGGUAAGAAGAAGGGUAAGUCAGACUCCAGGCCCUCUGUGUUUUCAAAUCUGAGGAUCAGAAAAAAUCUGUCCAAGGCUAAAGAUGGGAAUAGCAGCUCACGGGAGGAUGUUUUGGAAAGCCAGGCCUUGCAGCCUGGGGAGCUGGACAGUACUCAUUCAAUUGUAACCAAAACUCCCGAUAUAAGCAUCUCUGCAGAUGAAGGGGGUCUCUCAGACACAGAUGUCGAACAUUUUGAAAUCAGAAAUGAAACUGUUCCAGCUGCUGCAGAGACACAGGAUGGACAAAGGACCAGCUCUGGCUCUGAUACGGAUAUAUACAGUUUCCAUUCAGCCGCAGAACAAGAAGAUUUGCUCUCUGAUAUCCAGCAAGCUAUUAGACUGCAGCAGCAGCAGCAGCAGGGGGCAAUUAACAUUGGAACUGAGGACGCUGUCACCAAAACAAUGGGCCGACACAUGGCUAAUUCUCAAGCAACCCCCUUAGAUUUUGAACGUUUUUUUUCAGUAACUACCACUGACAAAGAGAGGAGCCCAGACACUGAGGGGGCUUUUCCAGCGGUAUCGGAAAUUGUGGAAAGCGUUCCCGUCUCCUGUGCAGCUGAACGUGAACCAAAAGAGGCGGUAAAUGGCACAGACUCUCCUGGUAACAGCUUAUUUGAAACACAGGAACGUCAGCUACUGAUUGAGGAGCAGCCCCUUGCUGGAGUGGAUGCUGUAGCCAGUGAACUACAAGAUGGUUUGAACAGAGCUGCAGGAGAAAAUGGGUCUCAGACACACAGCUCCACAGAACCUUUUCCAUCUCCAGUGGCAGAUGCUGAGGCUAAAAUUGCUGAAGUGCAGGCUGUUGAUUUUCAGGGCUCAGUAACAGAGAGUGGUAUUUCAGAUGCAGGCCGUGAUCAUGCUGCUGAGACUCAGGAAGGGAAACACACUCUGUCAGCCAGUCAAGAGGAGCUGCGUAAUGGUUCAUCCACGGAAAUGAAAAAUGGCAGUUUGUCCUCUGAAGGAACAGCGGACAGUCCGAUGCUUGGUUCCCGGUGUUUUAAGCCCUAUCUAAUUAAUCCUUGUUACAUCAAAACCACAACUAGGCAACUGAGUUCUCCCAACCAUUCACCUUCUCCCUCCCCAUCCCAGAGCCCGCUUUUCACAAGGAGGCAGGACUCCUUCCACAAGAAGGAAAAAGUCUCAAUCAGGAAGAAGAGGUCUGCUAGUCUGGCAGGUUUAUUCAGUCGUUCUGCAGACUGGACAGAAGAGGUGUCUAAUCACAAAAGCGAGAUAUCGGAGAAGGUGAGCUCUGCAGACUAUUUGGAGCACAAGGGGUUUAGAGAGAAAUUUCAAGCGGAAAGAGUGCCUUUGACUCAUUCAAGAAAGUCCUCAGGGGUCCAGGCUUCUACAGAGACAUUUCCCAAUGUCUUUUCAGGACGAACUCUGCUGGAAAAGCUCUUCAGCCAGCAGGAAAAUGCACCACAAGAAGAAGCAGAAAAAUUGUGUUCUCGAAUUAUUGCAAUGGGUCUUUUGCUUCCAUUCACUGACUGCUUCAGAGAGCCAUGUAACCAGAGUGCCAAGCAAAGCACACCCACGUUUGAUCAAGACCAACUUUAUACUUGGGCUGCAGUUAGCCAACCCACACAUUCAACAGAUUACAUUGAAGGAAGCUUUCCCAGGAGAAUUCCAUCUGCGUGGCCUCCACCCAAACCUCCAGAUGAAGAACAAAGGCUCAAAAUUUCAGAAGAAGAGUUGAAAUCUACAGUCCUAGAAACAGAGAAGCAAUGCAUAGGUGGUGUUCAGCAGGCACAGGAUGCUUUUGAGGUGAAAUCUGAGGAGCGUGCCAGUGUCAUCCAACAACUUGAGCAAACUAUUGAGGAUCUGAGGACAAAAAUUGCAGAACUAGAGAAACAAUUUCCUGCCGCAGAGGUACAGACUGCUGGGAGGGAGCAGGAAAAUGAGCACGCACAUGCAGACUCUGGGGAACUCAGCAGUGUGACUCUUCAAAGGAAUGAAGAGGAGACCACACCCAGGACUGUGUCACAGGCGAGAUCUGUACAAACGUCACCAACAGAGGAUUAUUUAACACAUACAAUGCCUUCAGCCAGUGCACUGCCACAGCCAGCCCCACCACCGCACUUAGAAGGGGGCAAAAGUGAAGGGCCUACUCAGAAAUUGCCAGCUCUAGAACUGCAGCCCACAUUUUGUUCUGAAAUCUCCUUGAUUCUGUCACCGAAGCUAGUCUCAGUGCCACUGGAUGCAAGCCAAUCAGUACCGAGUAUACCGCAGUCACCUCUUCCGGGACCCAAAGUUGACUUGUCCCUUGCAUUUGAAGGAGAGACUGAAAUGACAGUUUCCCAUCAGCCUUUAAGUACUGUAGAUGUAACUUGUAGUGAACAUGCCCCUUCCUUGCCCCCAGAGCCCACAUGUAGCAUUCCCCCAACACUGCCAGUGACUGAACAGGCUGCCUCCCUGUCUGGAGCACAUGGCCAUUCCUUUGUUACUCCCAUGUCUGUGGCAGGAUUACCACUGCCACCACCUCCACCUGGCUCAGGACUCCCUUCCUCUGCUGUCUCAGCAGUGACAGGCCUGGACCACUCUUUCCCAGGUGCCACAAUGUCACCUCUCCCUCCUCCUCCACAUUUGCCAAGUGGGGAGAUACCAACGCUGCCUCCAGCUCCUCUGCUUCCAUGUCCUGGAUUCCCUCCACCACCUCCACCACCACCUUUGCCUGGAGCAGGAGUCUCAUCUCCUCUUCCUGCUUGGGGUAUCCCACCUCCCCCUCCACCAGCACCACCUUUACCUGGAGCUGGUGUGCCUCCUCCACCUCCUCCUCUGCCCGGCCUGGGAUUGACACCCCCAGCACCACUGCUUCCUGGAGCAGGACUGCCACCACCUCCCCCACCUCUGCCUGGAGGGGGCAUUCCACCACCUCCUCCUCCUCCACCACCUCUUCCAGGUUCAGCUGUACCCCCUCCACCACCUCCUCCACCACCUCUGCCCGGUGUAGCUGUGCCCCCUCCACCUCCUCCACCACCUCUGCCUGGUGUAGCUGUACCCCCUCCACCCCCUCCUUUGCCUGGAUUGGGCAUGCCUCCUCCGGCCCCACCACCAUUGCCUGGAAGUGCGCCACCCCUUGCAGCAUCAGUCCAGGGCAGCAGCUAUCCAGCAGUCCCACAGGGCUUUCUUCCUCCUCCAUUACCAUCUGGUUUAUUUGCAAUGGGGAUGAAUCAGGAGAAAGGAAGCAGGAAACACGUAAUAGAGCCUUCUCGGCCAAUGAAGCCUCUUUACUGGACAAGAAUUCAGCUCCACAGUAAAAGAGAUUCUAGUGCUUCACUUGUGUGGGAAAAAAUUGAAGAGCCUUCCAUAGAUUAUCAUGAGUUUGAAGAACUGUUUUCUAAAACAGCUGUUAAAGAGAGGAAGAAACCCAUUUCGGACACCAUUACAAAAACAAAGACCAAACAAGUUGUCAAGUUGUUAAGUAACAAAAGAUCUCAAGCUGUUGGAAUAUUAAUGUCUAGUCUUCAUUUAGACAUGAAGGACAUUCAGCAUGCUGUUGUGAACUUGGACAACUCUGUGGUUGACCUAGAGACGCUGCAAGCCCUGUAUGAGAAUAGAGCACAAUCAGAUGAACUGGAAAAAAUAGAAAAGCAUAGCAAGGCAUCCAAGGAAAAAGAAAAUGCCAAGUCUUUGGAUAAGCCAGAACAGUUCCUCUAUGAGCUCUCACUGAUUCCCAACUUCUCAGAACGUGUGUUUUGCAUCCUGUUCCAAUCAACAUUUUCAGAAAGCAUUGGCUCAAUCCGUCGCAAACUUGAAUUGUUACAGAAACUCUGUGAGACAUUGAAGAAUGAAUCAGGAGUUAUGAGGGUUCUGGGUUUGGUUCUUGCCUUUGGAAAUUACAUGAAUGGUGGAAACAGGACACGAGGACAGGCUGAUGGGUUUGGACUAGAUAUCCUGCCAAAACUGAAAGAUGUCAAGAGCAGUGACAACAGCAGAAGUCUUCUAUCGUACAUUGUCUCAUAUUAUUUGCGUAAUUUUGAUGAGGAUGCAGGAAGAGAACAAUGCAUCUUUCCUCUUCCGGACCCACAAGAUCUCUUCCAGGCUUCACAACUGAAGUUUGAUGAUUUUCAAAAAGAUCUCCGCAAAAUGAAGAAAGAUUUGCGAGCAUGUGAGACAGAAGCAGCAAAAGUUUAUCAGCUAUCACUAGAAGAGCACCUACAGCCCUUCAAAGACAACAUGGAGCAAUUCAUUAGUCAAGCCAAAAUAGACCAAGAAAAUGAAGAGAAGUCACUGACAGAAGCACAUAAAAGCUUUUUGGAAACUACAGCCUAUUUCUGUAUGAAACCAAAAAUGGGUGAGAAGGAGGUGUCCCCACAUUCUUUCUUCAGUAUUUGGCAUGAAUUCAGUUCUGACUUCAAAGACUUCUGGAAGAAGGAAAACAAACUUAUUCUUCAAGAAAGAGUCAAAGAAGCAGAGGAAGUCUGCAGGCAGAAAAAGGGGAAGUCGCUAUACAAUAUUAGACCAAAACAUGACUCUGGAAUUAAAGCAAAGAUAAGUAUGAAAAUCUGA